AUAGUGAAGAGGGUCAAAUGUAAACCGAACCACCGCCUCAAAUAACUGUUGAAAUUUAACGGUCGACAACACCGGUCACUGCUUUGGGAAAUCCAUGGAAUCGAAUACUCAAAUGGUUGAUUUCGGAACAUCCAUCGUAGUCCCCAGUGUUAUUGAGCUGGCGAAACGGCCCAUCCCCAAAAUCUCCCUUCGCUAUGAACGUCUCGAUCAGGACCCUCCAAUCGUUCCCGGCGGAGAAUCCGGGCCGUCGGUACCGGUCGUUGAUAUUCACAGACUGGCCAUUGGAGGUUCUGCUUCUCCGGAAAUAGACACGUUGCAUUCUGCCUGUAAGGAAUGGGGAUUCUUCCAGAUUAUAAACCAUGGGGUUUCGACUACAUUGCUGGAGGAAUUCAGAAUGGAAGUUGAAAGUUUCUUCAAUCUUCCCUACGAUGAAAAGAAGUUGCUUUGGCAAAACUCAGAGAAUCAAGAAGGAUUUGGGCAGCUUUUUGUGGUAUCGGAGGAGCAGAAGCUUGAUUGGUCAGACAUGUUCUACAUAACCACUCUCCCUCUUAAUCUAAGGAAGCCUCAUCUUUUUCAAAGGCUUCCACCAAAACUCAGAGAGACUUUGGAAGCUUACUCAACUGAAGUUAAGAAGUUAGCAAUGGUUAUCCUAGGCCAUUUGGCUGAAGCUCUGAAGAUGGAUGUUGAGGAAAUGAGAGAGCUAUUUGGAGAUGGUGUUCAGUCAGUGAGGAUGAAUUACUAUCCUCCAUGCCCUGUUCCCGAUAAGGCCAUUGGGUUCUCAGCUCAUUCAGAUGCUGAUGCUCUGACAAUUCUCUAUCAGCUCAAUGAAGUCGAAGGAUUGCAAAUUCGAAAAGAUGGGAGAUGGGUUUCUGUUAAACCACUUCCAAAUGCAUUUGUAGUCAACAUUGGGGACAUCAUGGAGAUUGUAAGCAAUGGUGUAUACAAGAGCAUCGAGCAUAGAGUUUCAUCAAAUUUUUCCAAGGAAAGGCUUUCGGUUGCAACUUUCUACAGUUCAAAUAUAAACUCGGAGUUGGGUCCAGCCAAAAGUCUUAUAGGACCACAUAACCCAGCGGUUUUUCGAAGAGUUCUGUUGGAGAAGUAUUUCAGAGACUUCUUUGCUCGAAAACUAGAAAGAAAAUCAUACCUUGAACAUAUGAGAAUAGAGACUGAGGGAGACCACUCAUGUUAAAAGUUUGCAACUGAAAGGAAAGGGAAGGAAAAUCAGACGUAUGCUUGUCUAGGACUCUAGCGUGUGCAAAUGAGAAUGUAAUGUGGAAUAAAAUGUUACAUCAGGACAAAGCGAAUUUCUCAUCAUAAUUAUGUAUUAUUUCCAUUAUCAUGGUUUGAAUUUUGGAGCUAAGUUUUUUCA